AUGAAGAAAGCCUCAUCUGAUCCCUCUAGUAUAGACAGCAGACGCUCUGGUGCAGACGCAAACGCGCAUGGCGUCCGUCGCAGCUCCUCCAAACGAUCCGAAGGCAGCACGGCUCCCAUAGAAGCUGACCCCCUCUCCCUCCCUGGCGCCAGCUUCUCCUCCCUUGCGCCCGCUCAGCGAAACAACACAACUACCAGCACCUCCAGUGCUAGCAGCAGUAGUCACAAUGGCCAUGCUGACGACAUCAUUACCCCUUCCAACAUCACAAGCUCUUCUGCGAGCAAGACGAUUGUUCUUGAUGACAGUAUCGACAGUGCCAACAAGACCAGCCCCCGCGAAAAUGUUACCACAUCUGCGGAGGCUUCGGGGAAGGGGCCUUUCAUAGGAAGCAAUGGCAGUACGCAGAACGACAACAAUCUUGAACAGCAGCAGCAGACAACCCAGACUGAGAAGCCCAAAGUUGUCACACGCUUCUUCGACACGUGCAAAAUGAUCAUGUUUCACAGCUGGGUCAACCUGCUACUUGUCUUUGUGCCCGUUGGUAUCAUUGUAAAGGGCCUCCACGUCAACCCUGGCAUUGUCUUUGCCAUGAACGCUAUCGCCAUUGUCCCCCUCGCCGGUCUUCUUAGUCACGCCACCGAGUCCGUGGCUAGCAAGCUUGGCGACACAGUCGGCGCCCUACUGAACGUGACGUUUGGUAAUGCCGUUGAGUUGAUUAUUUUCAUGUAUGUCUAUACCCAUCCGCGGGUGAUUUGGAUGAGAGAGAGAAGAGAAGUCGAUGAAAAAAGACACUAUCACAUCAAUCAAGUCCCAAAUCAUGCAGUUCCCUCUUCCGUCUUCGCCCCUUUCCUCAUGCACAGGUAA